GUCACCGGACAGCGCGCAAAUCUCCCUCUGACCCACUGGGAAUUAAAUGUGUUCCUCAAGCAGUGGCUUCAGAGCUUAAGAAUGAAAAGUCUGAGCUCGAUGCAUCCUAACUUGGUGAGCUGGCUGGGGACUCUGGGGUUCCUGCUGUGGGCGCUGCUCUGCCUGAGCGCCCUGACGGAGGGAUACCCGGUCAAACCGGAGAACCCCGGGGAGGACGCCCCGGCGGAGGAGCUGGCCAAAUACUACUCAGCCCUGAGACACUACAUCAACCUCAUCACGAGACAGAGGUAUGGGAAGAGGUCCAGUCCUGAGAUUCUGGACACACUGGUCUCAGAGCUGCUGUUAAAGGAAAGCACAGACACGCUUCCACAGUCAAGAUACGACCCAUCAUUGUGGUGAUGCUGCCAUCAGCCUUGGCUCCACCUCACUGCCGGCCCGCCACUGCAGACAUUCUGACCUCUACACAUCUGUCACUUCGUACCCUCCUACGCCAAAAGACCACCCUGCCUCUGCCCCCUUUUACCUCUAUGAGCCGCCACAUAUAUUCCACCCCUCCUCCUUAACCAUCAGCUACAGUCGAAACUGCUUAUAGUAUGUGGCAUAAAGUUGUACAUAGUUUAUUCAGAGUUAUCAUCUGUGAAACAUAAGGUCAAAUGGGGGAGGGGCAUGUUGAUUGUAUUGUAUAAUUGUGCUAUUAAAGAA